GGGCUUGUUUCCGUGACGGACCGAUUACGGGUGCCGGGCUGGCUCUUGCGGAAGUGCAUGCGCCAUUGGCAGGGCCGGGCUGCUGCUCUGUGCCCUUGUUGUAGAGGGCUACUCCCUGGGUCAUUCCUGAAGCGGGAGCAGGGCUGAGGCUGACCAUAGGGCUCCCACUUCGCCGUCCCGGCGCCUGUGUGACCUUCCCGCUGGUGGGAUGUGGCGACUACGCGGAGCUGCCGUGGCCUGUGAGGUGUGCCAGUCCUUAGUGAAACAUAGCUCUGGAGCAAAAGGAAGUGUGUCACUACAGAAACUGCAUUUGGUUUCACGCAGUAUUUAUCAUUCACAUCAUCCUACCUUAAAGCUUCAAAGACCUCAAUUAAGGACAUCAUUUCAGCUGUUCUCUUCUUUUACUAACCAUCCUUUACAUAAAUUGAAGCUUUCUCCAAUUAAAUAUGGUUACCAGCCCCAUAGGAAUUUUUGGCCAGCAAGAUUGGCUGCAAGACUCUUAAAACUUCGAUAUAUUGUACUAGGAUCUGCUGUUGGAGGUGGCUAUACAGCCAAAAAGACCUUUGAUCAGUGGAAAGAUCUGAUACCUGACCUUAGUGACUAUAAAUGGAUUGUACCUGACAUUGUGUGGGAGAUUGAGGACUAUAUAGAUUUUGAUAAAAUUAGGAAAGCCCUUCCAAAUUCAGAAGACCUUGCAAAGCUGGCACCUGACUACGACAAGAUUAUUGAGAGCCUCAGCUUACUGAAGGACUUUUUCACCACAGGUCACAAAUUGGUUAGUGAAAUCAUAGGAGCUUCUGACCCACUACUGUUGUUAGGUUCACCUGGAGAAACAGCAUUUAGAGCAACAGAUCCUGGAUCUGAAACUGACAAGCACUACAGAAAGGGUCUGCUUGGUGAGCUCAUUCUCUUACAACAGCAAAUUCAAGAGCAUGAAGAGGAAGCACGCAGAGCUGCUGGCCAGUAUAACACAAGCUAUGCCCAACAGAAGCGCAAGGUUUCAGACAAAGAAAAGAUUGACCAACUUCAAGAAGAACUGCUACGUACUCAGUUAAAGUACCAGAGAAUCUUGGAAAGAUUAGAAAAAGAGAACAAAGAAUUGAGAAAAUUAGUAUUACAAAAGGAUGACAAAGGCAUCCAUCAUAGAAAGCUUAAGAAAUCUCUAAUUGACAUGUAUUCUGAAGUACUUGAUGUUCUGUCUGAUUAUGAUGCCAGUUAUAAUACCCAAGAUCAUCUGCCACGAGUGGUUGUGGUUGGAGAUCAAAGUGCUGGAAAAACUAGUGUAUUGGAAAUGAUUGCCCAAGCACGAAUAUUCCCUCGAGGCUCUGGCGAGAUGAUGACACGCUCUCCAGUGAAGGUAACCCUCAGUGAAGGUCCUCACCACGUGGCCUUGUUUAAAGAUAGUUCUCGGGAGUUUGAUCUAACCAAAGAGGAAGAUCUUGCAGCAUUGAGACAUGAGAUAGAAAUCCGAAUGAGGAAAAACGUGAAAGAAGGCUGUACAGUUAGUCCUGAGACCAUAUCCCUAAAUGUGAAAGGCCCUGGAUUACAGAGGAUGGUGCUUGUUGACUUACCUGGUGUGAUUAAUACUGUGACAUCAGGUAUGGCUCCUGACACAAAGGAAACUAUAUUCAGUAUCAGCAAAGCUUACAUGCAGAAUCCUAAUGCCAUCAUCCUGUGUAUCCAAGAUGGUUCUGUGGAUGCUGAACGCAGUAUUGUAACAGAUUUGGUCAGUCAAAUGGAUCCUCAUGGAAGAAGGACAAUAUUUGUUUUGACCAAAGUAGACCUAGCAGAGAAAAAUGUGGCUAGUCCAAGCAGGAUUCAACAGAUAAUUGAAGGAAAGCUCUUCCCAAUGAAAGCUCUAGGUUAUUUUGCUGUUGUAACAGGAAAAGGAAACAGCUCUGAAAGCAUUGAGGCUAUAAGAGAAUAUGAAGAAGAAUUUUUCCAGAAUUCAAAACUCUUAAAGACAAGCAUGCUGAAGGCACACCAGGUAACGACAAGAAAUUUAAGCCUUGCUGUAUCAGAUUGCUUUUGGAAAAUGGUACGAGAGUCAGUUGAACAACAGGCUGAUAGUUUCAAAGCAACACGCUUCAACCUUGAAACUGAGUGGAAGAACAACUACCCUCGCCUGCGAGAACUCGACCGGAAUGAACUCUUUGAAAAAGCUAAAAAUGAAAUCCUUGAUGAAGUUAUCAGUCUGAGCCAAGUUACGCCAAAGCAUUGGGAAGAAAUUCUCCAACAGUCUUUGUGGGAAAGAGUAUCAACUCAUGUGAUUGAAAACAUCUAUCUUCCAGCAGCACAGACCAUGAAUUCAGGAACAUUUAAUACUACAGUGGAUAUCAAGCUAAAACAGUGGACUGAUAAACAGCUUCCUAAUAAAGCAGUAGAGGUUGCUUGGGAGACCCUGCAAGAAGAAUUUUCCCGCUUCAUGACCGAACCAAAAGGAAAAGAGCAUGAUGACAUAUUUGAUAAACUUAAAGAGGCUGUAAAGGAAGAAAGUAUCAAACGCCACAAGUGGAAUGACUUUGCAGAAGACAGCUUGAGAGUUAUUCAACACAAUGCUUUGGAAGACCGGUCAAUAUCUGAUAAACAGCAGUGGGAUGCAGCUAUUUACUUUAUGGAAGAGGCUCUGCAGGCUCGUCUCAAGGACACUGAAAAUGCAAUUGAAAACAUGAUAGGUCCAGACUGGAAAAAGAGGUGGUUAUAUUGGAAGAAUCGAACUCAAGAACAGUGUGUUCACAAUGAAACCAAGAACGAAUUGGAGAAGAUGUUGAAAUGCAACGAAGAACACCCAGCUUAUCUUGCAAGUGAUGAGAUAACUACAGUCCGGAAGAAUCUUGAAUCCCGAGGAGUAGAAGUAGACCCCAGUUUGAUUAAGGAUACUUGGCACCAGGUUUACAGACGGCAUUUCUUAAAAACAGCUCUAAAUCACUGUAACCUUUGUCGAAGAGGCUUUUACUACUACCAGAGGCAUUUUGUAGAUUCUGAGUUGGAGUGCAAUGACGUGGUCCUGUUUUGGCGAAUACAGCGCAUGCUCGCUAUCACAGCAAAUACAUUAAGGCAGCAGCUUACAAACACUGAAGUCAGGAGACUGGAGAAGAAUGUUAAAGAAGUAUUGGAAGAUUUUGCUGAAGAUAGUGAAAAGAAGGUUAAAUUGCUUACUGGUAAAAGAGUCCAGCUGGCUGAAGACCUCAAGAAAGUUAGAGAAAUUCAAGAAAAACUUGAUGCCUUCAUUGAAGCCCUUCAUCAGGAGAAAUGAACUAAUUUCACUCAUAAUUGCCUCUUGUAUACAUAUGAAGAAGGAAAACUUCCAAGUCCUAUGUCCUGUCUCUUCUUUCUCUGCUAUUCCACCUCUCUAAACGUACAAUAAAGUCAUGGGAUAAAAAUAAUGUGUGCGUGUUAGAGACGCAGUAACCACCAGCUGCCCUUUAAAUGAAAGACCAGUGGACAUGGCAUUAAAUGCCCUAUUGUAUUGUAUUGAAAUGACAAAUUGGGAUAACAUAAGUGUAUGGCCAUUAAGUACAGUACUUGAAAAUAAGAAAUUGCUCGCCUGCUUGUUGUCUCGUUUGUGGUGGCGCUAGUACAAUUCAUUCUUUAGCUAAUGUAACCUGAUGCCAGUUUCUUUCCCAGAAAAACAAUGGCUGCUAGAUAUUUUGAAAUCAAGCUUA